GGCUGGAUUGCUGCUGAAGAAGAAGAAGAUGGACGAGCUUCAGUCUGCAGAGGAGACUGUGUUUAUUGUGGAUGAAGUAAGCAACAUUAUAAAAGAGGCCAUAGAAGGAACAAUAGGUGGCAAUGCGUAUCUGCACAGCAAAGUGAAUCAAUGGACUACAAGUGUUGUAGAGCAAAUUCUGAGUCAUCUCACAAAGCUGGGGAAACCUUUCAAAUCUGUUGUGACAUGUGUGAUUAUGCAAAAGAAUGGUGCUGGACUUCAUACUGCAAGCUCUUGCUUCUGGGACAAAUCUGCUGAUGGAACCUGCACUGUGAGAUGGGAGAACAAGACUAUGUACUGUAUCGUAAGUGCCUUUGGACUCGCAAUAUGAUUGCCUUGGAAUUCUUCAGCCUUUGUGUCAUCCCUUCCAUUUCAUAUAUCCACUAAAACUGUGAAUUCAAUGAACAACUUUGUUUUUAAAGAA